CCAUCAACCACCCGAGCCGCGCCAGCCAGCCAGCCACUCCCGACUCUCCCUCCCUCCUCCUCUCAACCCCCAAAGGUGCCCCAAUCAUACCAGAUCAUACAAGAUGAAGCCCGUCGUCUCCGCCCUUAACGCAUGGUCCUGCGUGGUCAUCUCCGUCUUCGCCAUCAUUAUCCUCUCCGUUUUGGGUUCGCUAUACAAGAGCGAACACCCCGGUUUCACUGGCUCCGAAGGCGAACCUGAAGAUGGCGCCGCGGUCGCAGCUUCGAUUUUCACCGCCGUGUUGGUUUAUAUUGCUUUCUUCGUGUUCUGCGCUUUCCAGGCUUACUUGCACAUGAGGGCCCGGAGGGGCGGGGCUAUAUCGUUGAGUUAAAGGGCAUUCUACAUUGCUUUGCGAUUUUGAGGUGGAUUGCUGGCUUUAUCUUGCUGGAGAAGCAGAGAGGAAUAUCGAUGCAGAUGCGGAUGGAUCAUCGAGAGAUGUACCAUAUAUUCUAUCCCAGGAGAGGGCAUACUUUCCCUGGAUGUAAGAGAAAGAGAAAGGAAAGGAAAGGAAUGACGAUAUUGUCUGCGUGUGCUGUGCUACGUAUGACAAUCUGAUCGUGGGAGGCUCACUCCAUCCUCGCUUGCUUAUCGUAAAGCCGGAGUGGUAUUGGAUUGAUUAUUGAUAACUUCUUCAGUUGCGAUGUGAUGUGAUGGAUGUUUGGAUUGAUUAACCUUUUCUCUGCGCGGUUUUUUUUUCUGGUGUAUUUUGCGGGUUGUAUAUGUAUAUAGUCUUUGUUCGAAUAGAACUUGUGUGUCCGCAG